AUGCCUCGGGAAGAAUGUCAGGAAUGCAGAUGGGGGCAGAGCCGUUUUCUGGUACACGACCUUCCGGACAUUCAUCCCGAGGGCUUCGCUAACAUGGCCAGCUACAUGUACACGGAUGCCGUGAAGACAUUCACUCUGGACAACGUCUUCCACACAAUGUGCUGCGCGGGCAAGUAUAAGUUACCCAGAUUGGGAGCCAUCUGCGCCGACUUUGUCACGAAAGAUCUUGACAUCAACAACUGCCUGGAUGUGAUCUCUGCUGCUAUGCAGUACGCAAGUGCUGCUCCGAACAUUCUCGAGAAGUGUUUGUGCCUGAUUGAUGAAUCAAGGGAAAGUGUAUGGGAAUCGGAACAGUUCGAUGCGAUUGCACUGGACGCGCUAGCCUUGAUUCUCCAACGUGAUACGUUGACCGCCAGUGAAGAUAUCAUUUGUUCGUCUGUUGACAGGUGGGCUGUCAACAUGUGUACGCUAAAAAACGUGGACACUUCGGCGGCCAAUCGGCGUGAGGUACUGGGUCAGACGUUGUUCCUUAUCCGAUUUCCCCUCAUGACCAUGUCGCAGCUGCUGAAUGGGCCCGUAAAGAGCGGUUUGUUGCUGCAAUCGGAAGGACGAGGCAUCUACCAGUACAAGUAUGCCACCAUCGAGCCGCAGCUUCCUUUUCCUACGGAACCUCGGCAAAUGGUACGCGAUGAGGGUGUCCUCAACCAUACGUUUCUGAAUGUCAAAGAACUGUCGGAGGGCGCGCAUAGACUAAGCGAUCCUGUAGCAGUUGGAAAGCUGCUUUGGACUAUCCAGUUGGAGAAGGUAAGGCGUGACAGUUCUGCAACUCUGGGCUUCUUCCUCCGAUGUUCGGGAUGUCCGAAACCAGCUCCCUGGACGUGCCAGGCUAGUGCGGAGCUGCGCCUGCUGUCGUGGAAAACGGGAAAUACAAUAAUCAAGAAGCAUAUUUCCCAUCUGUUUGACAAGAAUAGCAGCGCUUGGGGAUACUCGAAAUAUAUCUCUAUGAAGGAAUUACUGGCGCCGGCAAACGGCUACGUCAAUUCUAAUGACUUUUCACUGAAACUGCAAAUUCAAAUGGCAGUAACCACGCGUGGAAUCGAGUAG